UCAGGUGUUUCAUUAGGUUGUAUUGGCAUCACCUGGUACCAUUAUAAAAUGCGACCCUUCAGCACUUGGCAGCCUUAGGUCCGUUUUAAUUUGUCUGUGGCGAUGGGUGGAUGUUUGUUUCUUUGUGCAGUCUUAUUGCAGUUGUCAGGGCCCUUGCAAGUUGUUUCAGCUGAAAGCAGUCCUGUGAAGUGUGGCCUGAGCUCUAAACUGUGCAAGGAUGUUUCCGAGUGUGUCCUCUACAGCCAUGUGUGUGAUGGAGAGCCUGACUGCAAGGAUGGUUCAGAUGAAGAGGGCUGUGCAUCAGGAUGCAAUGAAGCUCAGUUCCAGUGUGCUCAUGGGAAAAAGUGUAUAGACAAGAACCAGGUGUGUGACGGUGUACCUCAGUGUCAGGACCGCUCUGAUGAAAUGCAGUGUACGACGCAAACUGAGGGCUGUGCUCACCACUGUGACAAUAACAGCCGCUGCAUACCUGCAAACUUCCUCUGUGAUGGAGAGAGAGACUGUUUAGAUGCCACAGAUGAAGCCAACUGUGGGGACCAAGAGGAAGACGAGCAUGAAAAGGAGGAAGGGGCCAGUAAUACAACCUCUGUGCCUGCUGCCUCCGAGGGCCCACCCGCACCCAUCAAGUGUUCUUUGGGCUCUAAACGCUGCAAGGACAACGCAGAGUGUGUCCUCUACAACCACGUCUGUGAUGGAGAAGCAGACUGUGGAGAUGGGUCAGAUGAGGAAGAAUGCUCAUCAGCAUGUGAAAUAGACCAGUUCCAGUGCGCGCAUGGAAAGAAGUGCAUCGAGCAGAGCCAGGUGUGUGACGGUGUGCCUCAGUGUCAGGACCGCUCGGACGAACUGGGAUGUGCCAAGAAGAUGGAGGGCUGCGCUCACCAGUGUGAUGACAAGAGCCGCUGCAUUCCCAGCAGCUUCCUCUGUGAUGGGGAGAGGGACUGUUUGGACGGCAGCGACGAGGCAAACUGUGCUGAUGAGGGCUGCGGUGCCACUGAGUUCAAGUGUACCAGUGGCCAGUGUGUGUCGGUCACAAUGCUCUGCGAUGGUCACCCAGACUGCUGGGACCGCUCAGAUGAGGAGAGCUGCACCGACGCACCGGUCUGCACCACCAAGCACCGCUGCCCCCAGAGCAAGGAGUGUCUGGUGCAGGAGUGGAUCUGUGACGGAGAUCUGGACUGCAAAGAUGGCACAGAUGAGAAGGAUUGUCCCGUGGCUCCUCUGAUCUGUGGUAAAUUCCAGUGGUCGUGUAAAUCCAAGACCAAGUGUAUCCCUACAGCCUGGAGGUGUGACGGCAUGAAGGACUGUGACGAUGGCAGUGACGAGACUGAAUGUGGGGUGCUGACAUGCCUCCCUCACCAGUUCCAGUGUGGCAGCCAGGAGUGCCUGAAUCCAGCCCUGGUGUGUAACGGCAUCACCAACUGCGCCGACGGCUCAGACGAGGGAGGCAGCUGCCAGAUAAACUGUGCAGAGGAAGACAACAGCCGCUGCUCCCAGAGCUGCUACAGCACGCCACAGGGGACGCGUUGUCUCUGUGCAGCAGGGUUCAGGCUCAUGGAGGACGGGCUGACCUGUGCUGAUAUUGAUGAGUGUGAAGGCCGGAGCCCAGGUGUAUGCAGUCAGUGGUGCAUUAACACUGAAGGCUCAUACCGAUGUGACUGUCACCCAGGCUACAUCAAGGAGCCAGGUGGACACCACUGCAAGAUCACAGGUGAACCCUUCCUGUUGACGUCGGUCCAAACAGACCUCUUCAUGUUCGGCCUGCGCAGUGGCAGCCUAGACGUGUUGUCCUCCUCUGCCAAGAAGGCCAUCCUCUCCCUGGACUACGACUGGAUGGAGCAGAGGGUCUUUUGGGUCAGUCUGGACACCGACAGCAUAAGGUGGUCCUCGCUGGACCAGAAGACCACAGGAACUGUGGUUAAAGGUGUCCGGGCUGAUUCUGUGGCCGUGGACUGGCUCGGGAGGAACCUGUACUGGAUCGACGGAGUGAACAGUCAGAUUGUUGCCAUCAGACUGGCCAAAGCCACCGUGAAGUCAUUGGACCACAGCGUCAUCCUGGAUGAAGACCUGGAUCAGCCUCGCUCUCUGGCACUGCUGCCACAAAAAGGGUUGAUGUUCUGGACAGAGAUCGGUAAUGUAGUCAAGAUAGAGCGUGCUGGUAUGGACGGGUCAGAGAGGAAGGCAGUGGUGAACUCCAGUCUGGGCUGGCCGGGCGGUGUGGCCGUGGACGCCAUCUCUGACAGAGUCUACUGGACGGAUGAAAGGCUGAGGUUGAUUGGGUCUGCAACACUAGAUGGAGAGGACAUUCGGCUUCUACAGAUGAAAGAGACCACCAACCCAUUCUCCCUGGCGGUGUUCAAUGACAUGCUCUACUGGUCUGAUGCCAAGAAGCGAGUGGUGAUGGCUGCUCAUAAAAUCUCUGGCAAAAACCACCAAGUUCUCCUUAAAAGACCCAGACAACCUUUUGGUGUGAAGGUCAUCCACCCAUUGCUCCAGGUGGGUAUUGAGAGCCCCUGUGAAAAGAUGGACUGUUCCCACAUGUGUGUGUUGGCCCCGGGACCCAAGGCUGUGUGCAAGUGUCCCGCUGGCCUUUUACUGUCUGCGGAUGGCCUGACCUGCUCCAGCCUGGUCAAUUCAGCGUUCCUGCUGAUGCUGUCUCCCUCCACCGUCACCCAGAUCUACUUGCAGUCGCGACACACAGCAGCAGAGCUGAAGGGCUGGCCUGAACACCUGGCCCUGCAGGUGCCCAGCGUCAACGAGGCAGCCAUCAUGGACUACAGCCUACGCGAGCACACCCUGUUCUUGACGGACGACGGCACAACUUCCCUCAGCUCCUUCAAACUCAAGGACUCUGACUUGUCCUCUCAGGGCCAGCUUCUCAAACUCCUGAGCAACACCAUCACCGCCAUGGCCCUGGACUGGGUCACACUCGACGUCUACUGGAGCAGCAACAAACAGCCGCGCCUGCAGGUCACUUCCACCACCGGUGCACACACUGCUGUCCUCAUAAAGGAAGGUAUUGGUAGAGUGGAGUCCAUCGCCCUCCACCCUACCAGUGGAAGAGUCUGUUUCACCAACCUGGGCUUGCAGGGUACAGACACCGUGGCUACUAUAGAGUGUGCCAGCAUGGACGGUGCUGGGCGGAGUGUGGUGUGGAAGGAUGCUGUCCAGCCUACAUCUCUGGUCUUCUCCAGUAAUGGAGAUACAAUUUACUGGGCUGACACAGGUUUAGGGACCAUCGGCUCGGUCCAGCUGGAUGGAUCUGGAUACAGAGAGCUGAAGGCCGGCGAUGGCCUGGCUGCAGUGGCUCUGAGUGAUGACACACUGCUCUGGAUGACUGUCAGUGACAAGACCAGGCUGUGGUACAGAGACGAGCAGCAGCAAAACACGUUGUGGUUUGAGGUCGGCACAGAAGUGGUCAGCUUAAAGGCGUUCGGCAAGUCCAGUCAGACUGGUUCAAACCAGUGCACCGAAAACAACGGCAACUGCCAGCACUUAUGCCUCGCCACUCCAGGAGGUCAGACAUGCAAGUGUGCCCAUGACCACAUCCUUGUGAAUGCCACCCACUGCAGCCCGGAGCAGCGCUGCCCCGAUGGCAGCAGGCCCUGUCUGGAUCAACUCUCAUGCCAGCCUGUUGAGAAGUUCUGUAACGGCCAUGUUGACUGCUCUGACCACUCGGAUGAGAACUGUGUCAGUCUGAAGCAGUGGUCAGGAUCCAAGGUCCCUGCUCCCACCCAGCCCCACAGCUCCACUCCUCCUCCUCCGUCCCCUCGAACUCCUCUUUCUGAUGCCACCGGCCCGAACACCACCCCGAAUGUGAACGGUCUGCUCAGGAACCUGAACGCCCAGCAGUGCAGCCAGAGUCGCUGCAGUGGCAACGGACGCUGUGAGGAGACCAACGGAGACACUGCGUGUGUGUGUUCACUGGUCUACAGCGGCGACUCCUGUCAAGACCAUCUCCUGAAGACCAUGCGGGGUCCCCUUGUCUACGGCGGCGCGGGGCUCUGUGCUGGAGUGGUGGUCAUUGCUGUGAUGGCGGUGGUGGUUAAGCGGAAGAAGAGUGCCAACACAAGGAGAGCGAGCCCAGCAGCAGUGAAGGAAACCAGCAUGACUGACCUGGAGAACAAAGCGGAGACCAGCCCCAGUGCACAAACUGCCCCAGCAGACACAGACAAACCAGAGGAAGCGGUAUCUUCUGUGGACUGAGGUUGAUUCACGGGCAAGCAAAGUUUUUAAAUAAACGGUUUGCAUUUUCCAA